AUGUGUGCCAAGGUUUCGUCUGAAAUCAUUACUGGUAGGACUUCCCAUGGAUGUGAUCAAGAAGUUCAUGUAGAUCUUAAUGUGAAAUUGAAGGUACCUGUAUGCAACCCUGGAGUUUCCCUUGAUUUGGAAGACGUGAAGAAGAAUCGUCAUGUUAAACGGGCUCUUAAAGAUCACAAGUUCAAAGUUGUUAAUUCUUGCAACGGCUUCCUCUGCUUAUCUGAAGUCUCAACAAAUGAGUCUGAGGUGGUUUUCAACCCUGUUACGGAUGAAUUUGUGAACCUUCCAAAUGGCAACGAACCUUAUGAAGCCUCCGUGGACUGUGGAUUUGGAUUCUGUCUCACUACCAACCAGUAUAAGUUAAUCAGAAUAUUUGAUACAGGGGUAAAUUUAUCAAAUGAUUGCCCGACCUGUGAGGGAAAAACAAACAGCAGAAAUAUGGAACAGGUGCACUCACUCGGCACACAAUCUUGGAAAAAUGUUGGCUAUGCACCAUUUUAUUUUGAGAAACAGAGCUUCCAGAAUUUCCCAGCACCACCUUCAAGAGACGCCUUGUUGAUGAUGGUCAUGUGGGUGAUGGAGAAAUAUGGUGUUGAAGAAUCUUGGACUAAAUUGGUUAAGUUGGAGAUUACAGAGAAUGGUUUCGACUUUGUUUGCCAACCAGUUGACUACCUGAAGUGUGGAUCUCUUCCAAUGUUUUACUUCCCGAACAAUAUCUUCAUACAUUGCAAUGUAGAAACUGAGGAAUGGGAUUGUCUCAAGGUCUGUGGGACUAAAUCAAUAUGUGAAGCAAUUCCUUUUGCACCCAGUUUUUUCACCCUCAAAGAAGCUCUACCAGGAGAUGGAAAAAGAGUGACGAACAUCUCAUUGAGGAGAUGGAACCUCUUUUGA